AUGCGACGCAAAGCGGUUACUUGUCUCACGAAACGCUCAACUCGACGCUUCUGCUCCUCCCCCGCUCAUUUCCGGUCGCUCUCCCAAGUUGAAACAAUUCCUGGCCCAAUUGACACCAUAGACAUCAACGAGUUCCGCAAGAAAGCCUUCACUCCCGAGACCCCUUUACUCAUAAAGAGAGAAAGCUCUGGCGGAUUCCCGGCCGCCUUAUCACCGAGCUCCUCAAUUCCCGCCGCAGUCAAAUGGUUUACGUUCGAAGACUUUGACAAUGCCAACGAAUCAUCCAAUCCGCAGCAGACUCUCGUUCCUUCGCAGUAUCUACACACCUUUCAAGAUACGAUUCUACCAUACGAGUUGACCUAUGACUUAGCCGAAGAUCCCACGAAGCCUCAUGGGCAGGCUGGCGGAAGCAAAGAUCUCAAAGGAAUGCUCUCUCAAUUACUCCAAAACCCGUCUGCCGGAUCAUUCCACAGAUUCAAUGCUCCUCUAUCCCUCUUUUUACAAGCUUGCAGAACCAACGCUGGCGCCUCGCCGUUACUUCGAUUAUACAUAGCGCAAGCACAGAUCACGGAUCUACCAAAACAACUACAAGAGGAUUUGCCAACUCCAAGAUUGGUAAGGGAGGCUGGAAAAGGAGAUAUAUAUGAUGCCAAUAUCUGGAUUGGCAUCCCACCGACCUACACUCCUUUACACCGAGAUCCAAAUCCUAAUCUAUUUGUGCAACUGGCAAGUAGCAAACAAGUACGGCUAUAUAGACCCUCUGUAGGGGCGGGCAUAUUCCGGCAUGUUCAACGGUCAAUUGGGCAAUCGGGUCAGACUAACCUGAGAGGGGAGGAAAUGAUGGAAGGCCCUGAGCGCGAUGCCCUCGACGAGGCUGUAUGGGGUGAUUCGGCAAUACAAGAUGGCUUCGAAGCAAUAGUAAAUCCUGACGAGGCUUUGUUCAUCCCCAAAGGAUGGUGGCAUAGCAUAAAAAGUAUCGGGACGGAUGUCACUGCAUCAGUGAAUUGGUGGUUCAGGUGA